UAUAACAAAUAAUUUGAGAUUAUACAUGGCAACCAUAAUCAGUGACCCGAUAUGGAGAACUAUACAAGAAAAAGUAAAUGAAGAAAACUUGACAGAAUUGUUGGAUGUUUACACUAUCAACAACCUGGACUACAAUGCUAAAGGUGGAAAUAAAAAGAGUGCAGUACUUCAUGAAACAGCAGAACAAGAUAAACAAGAGAUUGCAGGUUAUCUUAUAAAACACGGUGCUGAUGUGAACACUAAGAACAGUAAUAAGGAAACACCGUUACAUGUAGCUGUAAUGAAUAACAGUGUAGAGGUAGCUGAAUUGCUGUUAGAACACGGAGCGGAGAUGGACACUAAGAACAAGUAUGGAGAGACCCCGUUAUAUAUAGCUGCAAGUAAGAACAGUGUAGAGGUAGCUAAAUUGCUGUUAGAACAUGGAGCGGAGGUGGACACUAAGAACAGUAAUGGGGACACACCGUUAAAUGUAGCUGCAAGAAUAGAGUUAGCUAAAUUGCUGUUAGAACAUGGAGCGGAGGUGGACGCUAAGGACCAGUAUGGGGAAACACUGUUACAUGAUGCUGUACGUGAUAACGAUGUAGAGUUAGCUAAAUUGCUGUUAGAACACGGUGCGGAUAUCAGUACUACAGCUAUAAAUAAUGAGUCAGUUCUUCAGUACAUGCAGAAGAUAUGGUCCAAUAAUGACUUACAAGAUUUAUUCCGUGCUUUUCCAAAUGGAGGCAAAUAUUCUAAUCCUGCUGUUAUCGUUCAGGAAUUAGACAUUAAGGACGAUUUUGAUGAUGAUGUCAAGAGCAUCUUAAGUAAUAUUCUGAAAGAAGCGAUCGACAAAUUGCCAGGUAUUAUGGAUGACCCUGAGCACAGAUUUACGUUUUAUGGAGGAGAUCUGUAUAUUCCCCUCGUUAAAGAAUUCUUGAAACGGUCAAGCGGGUCAGGCGAGACGACUCUUCUACACACCGUAUACAUUGCUCUUCAAGCAAAAACUCUAUGUAAUCAGCCCACAAGAGAAAUUCUCGAGAGUAGACUCAGCUCCGAUAUCUAUAAGCAAUUUCGGAGAAAAAUUAAAAAAUUGGCAACUACUAAUAACAUAUUUGAGAAGAGAGAAACAAAAGAACUUACUGUAAUUGCACAAAAGAUUUACGCAGAAUACAUGAAGGAUAAAAAAGUUAAGGAAUAUUGCUGCAAAGCAGUGGGAAAGACGCAAGAGUGUUGCAACGUUAACUGUUCAUUUUGCCUGCCAAAUCCCUCAGGAGUAUACCACAGCUGUUCUGCAAUAGGAAUGAUGGGGAGAUUCUUAUGUCUCCUAGGAAUUGUCGUAUACAUCUUAGACUUGUACACUGAUUUAGUAGUUGGCAUUUCAGAUUUCAACGGAUUUUCUCAAAAGCUAGGGAUAUUUGAGAUUGCUCUGGUAUCGCUCACUUUAAUUCAUGAGAACUUCGGAUCUGCUGACAGUGUAUACACAACGGAGAAAGAUGUUCUGAGAAUAAAGUUUGGGAUUUUCGUGUUAUCUGCCAAAGAAUGGAGCGAAUCAAACUUAAACUGGAGCUGGAAUAAGUUUAAAAUGUUCUUUUACAGGCUAUCUUGGCCUUUCAAGCUACAGGGAAGUUUUCUGAGUAAGCUAAGAGCGAUAUUCUACAACCUACUGACAUGUUUCCAAUUAAGGCCAGUCGUGGAUAGGUUAGUAAUAUUCCUACACGAACCAAUAAGCUUGCGUGAGUAUUACAGACGUCAAGCAGAACAGAAUAGCUUGAAACAGUUUUACUUGAUUUUGGAACAAUUGCCAGAACUCCUGGUUCAGUUCUAUACAUUUCAAAUAGUGAUCAACAACCUUUCCCAAAGAGAUAUUGAACAGUUUGCCGGUGAAUGUUAUCACUAUUUCGAUUAUCACCGUAUGAAUACAAACAUCACCAACGACACAAACCUAUUUUGUGAAAAUCUCCCACUAUCUGAUACAGGAUUAGGAACAUGUGGCACUGUGUUUCGUAUAUUCUCAAUGGCAAUUCCAUUUUUCAACAUUCCCUCGGGAAUUGCUUCUUUGGAAGAUGGCUUUAGGAAAUUGGACCCAAUGACAUCUCAAAUGUCCACUUUUUCAAAGAUCAUUUUCCAAGCAUCCUAUACAUUGAUGAUACCAGCCAGGUUGUUCAUGUUUGCAGCAGUAAUGCAUGCUUUGUUUAUAAAGGAGUAUGUGUUUGGGUUCAUCAUCUUCAGAGUGAUAAUGGAACUCUUGGUAAACCUUUAUAGCCUCAAGGCGAACUCCACAGGACUUUCCCUUAAAAGUGUUCCAAUCUUAUGGCGAAUGGUCUUGUUUAGUAUCAGAGAUGUGUUUCUAAUAUCGAUAGCGUUUCUAAGAAACCCUGACGCUUACUUCUUAAAACCCUCCGACGUUUCUUACAAGUCAUUGAGAAAGAGGAAAAAUCUAGCUGUCCGUGCAAUCCCAUUUAUCUGCGAGGGUUUGGUCGCAGCUUUGAUCAUCGAACAAAGGUAUCCGUGCGGUAAGCAUUUCAAUUAUUUCAAAUAUUUGGGAUGGUUUUGUAUAAUUCCUCUAGUGCUCUCGGUAUCAGCAAUGGUCAUGGUCUCAGACCUUUUCCAUCCAUUUAAAGGAAGAUCUUCGUCACUAAGAAAAGAAACAAAGAAGCUCCUUCUCGCUGGUUUCAUCAGUAUAAUGUUCAUGGGAGUUGUUGUAUGGACCUUCAUUGUUAGUCAGAAAAGAGGGUCAGUGGAACUUCUGGUCAUGGGUCUGGCAAUUUUUCUUCAUAUCGUCCUUGUUGCUGGACUCUGUCUGUUUGUCAAGAUGUCCACCAAAGGUAAAGAAAGUAAAAAAAGUAAAGAAAGUAAAAAAACUCCGUACAAACCUUUAGCUACGUCAACCACAUCAGUCGACCACCCUCAGUCGACCACACCAGUCUGAUGAAUUACCUUUUUGUCCAUUUAAUUCGUCCUCGGCUUUCCAGAGCCAUAAAAACUGUAUAUUUAAAACUAUUUGCUGAGCAAAUAUCAAUUUGUAGACUGUAUCAGUCUUCUCAAAGUAAUAACAAUGAAGCAGAAAUCAUUUCAUCAGCAAAAUUUCCCUCUGUCAUUCCGAAAUCAUCUAAAAGCUUUAUUGAGCUGGAUUUACGACACAGUUAACUGGUGUACUUCUUAAAUUCAACCUCGCAACAGCACAUGUCAAAACUGUGGUGUUCACUUCCAACUUCGGGUUUAUAGAUCUACGACCUACGUGGUAUAGCAAAGUGUUUCCUAAAUCCAACAUUUUACUGCUCUAUUAUAUAGAACUAAACUGCAAACCGGGCCGGGGUGUCUCCAAUCUUUCCAACUGAUGUCCGCUCGCUCAUACUAGUGCUAACUUUGUCCUUUAACCUUCUAACUCUACACCAAUAUACUGUUCAGAUGGAUCUUCAUCUACGACCUACGUGGUAUAGCAAAGUGUCUCCUAAAUCCAACAUUUUACUGCUCUAUUAUAAAGAAGUAAACUGCAAACCGGGGUGUCUCCAGUCUUUCCAACGGAUGUCCAACCUUUCUCCUUUAACCUGCUAACUAUACACUAAUAUAAUAUUCAGAUGGAUCUACAACGUACGUGGUGAAUCAAAGUUUCUCCUAAAUCCAACAUUUUACUGCUCUAUUAUAAAGAUCGAUUUUCCUUUAUCUAAACAAUGUGGAGGGGGAAUGCAAAGCCACGAACGUUAAAUGAUCAAGUCACAAGUGAGAUCAUAAAUUUAUAAAAUCAACCGCAGAUCGGAAAUAAAAACUAUAGAGCUUCUAAUUUGUUGGCAAGGAUAAAUGGACUGUGGGAAAUUUUAUUUAUGAAUACUGCUUUAUUGCACUGACUUGAAAAAAAUAAUUUGUAAUUUUAUGUUGGUGCAAAAUUUUGGAUUUAAACAUUUGAUAACUUUCUCAAAGCCCAAAGGUUUAGUUAAUUACUUUAGAAGCUAAAACUUUUUGGGCGAAUGAUAUUGUUAAAAAAGUAUUUAUAUGCUUUAUUUAAAAUAUAAAUAGCAUCACGUGCUGUUCGUGCUGAUUUUUGUGAGACAUUUCUGUUUUCAUAUUUUUGGGAGUUU